AAUCUCAAUGGAGAAUUGCCAGAAUCACUUGGGAAUUGCAGUGGUUUGCUUAUAGUAAGUGUUUCACGUAAUGCAUUUACUGGAAAUAUUCCUGUUGGUCUAUGGACAGCUUUCAAUUUGGCAUAGCUGAUGUUAAGCGAUAAUUUGUUCAUGGGUGAGCUUCCUAAUGAAGUAUCAGGGAAUCUUUCUAGGCUUGAGAUCAGUAACAACAAGUUUUCUGGUAAAAUUCCUACAGGAGCUUCUUGGAGGAAUCUUGUGGUUUUUAAUGCCAGUAACAACCUGUUUUCUGGCACAAUCCCUCAAGAAUUAACCGCUCUUCCUCGUCUUACUUCUCUUUUGCUUGAUGGGAACCAACUCAGUGGAUCCCUUCCUUCUGAUAUAGUCUCAUGGAAGUCAUUAACUACUCUAAAUAUGAGCCGAAAUCAACUUUCUGGACAAAUCCCGGAGGAAUUCGGUUCUCUACCCAAUCUUCUCGAACUUGACUUAUCUGAGAACCUAUUUACAGGCCAAAUUCCACCUCGGUUUAACUCUCUGAGGUUUACUUUUCUCAAUCUCUCUUCCAAUCAUCUCACAGGGGAAAUCCCAAUCAGUUUAGAAAAUGCUGCUCAUAAUAACAGCUUCUUGAGUAAUCCUGGUCUCUGUACCAGAAGUUCAUUGCUAAGCCUUAAUGUCUGCAAUUUCAAUACUCAAAAAUCAAGCAAAAAAUCAACCGAACCCAUAGCUCUGAUAUCAAGUGUUUUGGCAACAGCCUUUGUGUUGGCUUCGUUACUCUCAUUCUUGGUGAUUAGAGUUUACCAAAAGAAAAAGCAUGUAUUAGAUUCAAAAUGGAAGCUUACUUCAUUUCAGAAGUUGGAUUUCACUGUAUCAGAUAUAUUGUCAGGGUUAACAGAAAACAAUAUGAUUGGGUGUGGAGGAUCAGGAAAAGUAUACCGUGUGGCUACUUAUCUAUCAGGCGUUGUUGUUGCUGUGAAAAGAAUUUGCAAUGACAAGAAGUUAGACCAAAAGCUUGAGAAAGAGUUGAAUGCGGAAGUUCAGAUACUGGGUAGAAUAAGGCAUUUGAAUAUAGUGAAGCUGCUUUGCUGUAUUUGCAAUGACGAUUCAAAACUUCUUGUCUAUGAGUAUAUGGAGAAGCGAAGCCUGGAUCAAUGGCUGCAUGCGAAGAAGAGAUCAACAGGGGUGGACUUAGACUGGCCUAUGAGGUUCCGGAUUGCAGUGGGAGCCGCCCAGGGCCUUUCCUACCUGCACCAUGAUUGCUCACCCCCCAUUAUUCAUCGAGAUGUCAAAUCAAGCAAUAUCCUGUUAGAUUCUGCUUUCAAUGCAAAAAUUGCUGAUUUUGGUUUGGCAAGGCUAUUGGUUGAGAAAGGAGAAGCUACAGUUUCUCUUGCGGCUGGAUCUUUCGGCUAUAUAGCUCCAGAGUAUGCUCAAACAACAAGAGUAAACGACAAAAUUGAUGUCUACAGCUUUGGGGUUGUCCUUUUAGAGCUAACAACUGGGAAGGAGGCUAAUUUUGGGAAUGAGAAUGCAUGCCUAGCAGACUGGGCAUGGCGUCACAUGAAUGAAGGAAGACCAAUAGUCGAUGCGUUGGAUAAGGAGAUCAUGGAAUCUUCUUGCUUGGAUGAAAUGAGCAUUGUUUUCCAACUUGGGGUUAAGUGUACCAGCAAACUGCCUUCUGCUAGGCCUUCCAUGGGAGAGGUCUUACAACUACUGCUUCAUUACAGUCAUCCCUUUGUUUAUGGAGUGAAGAAUAUGGGAAGAGAUGGCGAUGCCAUUCCCUUCCUAUUGAAUUCAAAGCGAGGAUAUGCAUCAGACUCUGAUGAAAAUGCCUCAUCUGUGACUGUUGGUGCACUUGCAGCCAACCUGUAGUUUUUAGCAGAAAUAAGGUCACCUAAAAUACUUUAUAGAAUAGUAUAGGCAAGCAAAUUGUUUAGAAAAUAAGCAGCCAUUGCGCAGCUGUGUGAACAACUCCUCUUUUUUUUUUCUGUAAUUAUUCCUUCAGUCAACUUGCAAAUUCGUGCCCAAGAAUCCUA